AUGUAUACAGGAUCAAACUUAAAAUUUGCAGAUGUAGAGAAAAUGGUUAUGAAUUCCAAUAACAUUAAUGCAAAAAUAGAGUUUAUUGAUACAAUCAAAGCAAAAUAUCCAACAGCUGACGAUGCUACAAAGAAAACAAUAAUUUUUUCUCUUUUCAAGCUUUGCAGAGAAGAUAUUGAUGUAGUACGACUUCAUGCAGUUCAAGUUUUCAUGGAUGAUAUAUCAAUUCCAAAAGAAUAUAUUUCAAAUUUAAUUAUUAAACCAGAAACAACAUUCACAGCGUUUAAAUUUAAUACAUAUCCAUAUUUUGGCAUUUUUGAUACCCUUUUGACCGAUAGAUUGCCUCUAGUUCGUGUAUCUGCAACACAAGCUUUAUCAAACUCAGAAUUUGACCAAGAUCAAGAACUAUCAAGCGUAAUUAUGAAAACAGCAGCUCAAAUGCUUAACGAUAACUCUAAUCUUGUUCGUGCAGCUGCAGUUCACAGCCUUAGAAAAAUUACAUCACGAAACAAUACUAAAUUUACAAUUGAAAAAGCACAAAUCCGUAUGGUUAUCGCUAUGCUUGAUGAUCCUAUUGAAGAAAAUCGUCACGAAAGCUUACUUUUAAUCAAAUAUCUUCUUGUUGAAGAUAUUCAACAAGUUGAACUUAUGAUUUCAGGUAUUGCCUUAGCAGCAUCACAUUACAGACAUGAUAGACCAUUAUAUAUUCAAUCAGCUCGUUCAUUUGGCGCAAAUAAUUGGUUCUUCUUCCAUUUGGCCGUUUUAAAGAUCCUCAAAAUCAUUCCAGAUGAACUUGACUUGUAUUCAAUGACAACCGUCAUACCUCUGGCCGCACUUUUUGCUGCAAGAAAAGUUCAAUGUUUUCCACUUCCUGAAUCGAUUGCCCAGCAUGAAGAGACAAUAGAAGCCAUCAUAGAAGGAUGCUCCGACGUAUCCGUUGUAGAAGAAAACAGACCAGUCAAUUUGGACGAACUUUCGGAUUAUAUCAAAGAUAAUUCUGGAAAUGCAAACUACUUUUACCAAGAAUGCACGGGUUUGGCCGAUGCUGUUGAUUAUGUAACUGGCUCUGGUAAAGAUAAUUACUUCCAAAUCGUAAAAACAGAUGAUGGCCAAACAAUUGUCAAUAAAAUCUCCGUAAGCUUAAUUCUUCCAGAAGAAAAUACUCCAAGUACGGCUUUGGUAUACGAUAGACUUGCUUUCUUCCUUCCUAUCCAAGCAAAACUUAAUCAUCCGAUUGAAAACAAGCUUUUGGUUAAAUCUUCAGCUGCUUUCGAUCCCCUUGAGCUUGAAGGAAACGGAACAUUGUUCAAAGGCUCUUAUAAGAUGCAAGUUGUCAAUUCAAAAAUUCCAUACAAAAUUACUCUUCAGUUUAUGAUCCAAUCAGAGGAAGGCAUAACCAAUAUUGGAAAACCUUUCGAUGUCUGGAUCGUUGGACGCUCAUAUAUCUAA